AUGAAGUUCCUAUCGGGCUUGGCGCUACUAUCCCUCAUUCCUUCUUCGUUUGCUGUGCCUACAGCUAGCAAUUCUCCAAGCAAGGACCUAGCUCAUGAGGAACAACCCUUAAUCAAGCUCAAGCCACAACGAACUUCCUCCCGAGAGCUCGUGAACCUUGAUGGCCUAUGGAAAUUCACUCUCGCCUCUGGUCAAAAUGACACAGCCCAACCCUGGACCGCGUCAUUUCCCAAGAAUUCUCUCGAAUGUCCAGUCCCCGCGUCAUACAACGAUAUUUUCGUCGAUACCGAAAUUCACGGCCACGUCGGAUGGGUGUACUAUCAGCGCGAGGUUUUCGUCCCAAAAGGCUGGUCUAAGGAGCAAUAUUUCGUGCGAGCUGAAUCUGCGACCCACCACGGUCGUAUUUAUGUGAACGACCGUCUGCUCGCUGAGCAUGUGGGCGGCUACACACCUUUCGAAGCCGAUAUCACUGAGUUUGUCAACGCUGGAGAGAAGUUCCGCUUGACAAUUGGUGUCAACAAUGAACUUACCCAUGAGACCAUUCCACCCGGCAAGAUCACGGUCAGCGAGGUCACCGGAAAGAGAGUCCAGACCUAUCAACAUGACUUCUACAACUAUGCCGGUCUUGCUCGCUCGAUUUGGUUGUAUUCUGUGCCCCGUCAACAUAUCAACGACAUCACCGUUGUGACAGAUGUUGAAGGUGAAACUGGACUGAUCAAUUACAAGGUCAAGGUGUCCAAUAAGGGCACUGGAAAGGUCAAGGUCUCUGUCAUUGACGAGGAUGGAACCGUUGUUGGAACUGCUUCUGGAGCUGAGGGUACUGUCAAGAUCAAGUCGGUCAAGUUGUGGCAACCCGGUGCCGCCUAUCUUUACCAAUUGGAAGCCAGCAUUGUGGAUUCCCGCGACAAGGUGGUUGACACCUACAGCGUGGCUACAGGUGUGCGCACUGUUAAAGUCAGCGGGACCGAAUUCCUCAUCAAUGGCAAGCCCUUCUACUUCACCGGAUUUGGGAAACACGAAGACUCCGCAAUUCGCGGCAAAGGACAUGACCAAGCGUACAUGGUUCACGAUUUCCAACUGCUGAACUGGAUUGGCGCAAACUCUUUCAGAACCUCACACUACCCUUAUGCGGAAGAGGUCAUGGAAUUUGCUGACCGGAAUGGAAUUGUCGUGAUCGAUGAAACACCCGCCGUGGGUUUGAACAUUGCUUUGAUGGGUAUUUCCAAAGACACUGCUACAAAAACAUUCAAUGAAGAGAACAUCAACAACAACACCCAGCUGGCCCACAAGCAAGCCAUUCGCGAACUCAUCAGCCGGGACAAGAACCACGCCAGUGUUGUUAUGUGGUCGAUUGCGAACGAACCCGCCUCGCAUGAAAACGGUGCACACGAAUAUUUCGAGCCACUGACCAAGUUGGCUCGUGAGCUUGAUCCAACUCGUCCUAUCACAUUCGCCAACGUCGGCGACGCAACAUACAAGUUGGAUCGGAUCUCGGACCUGUUUGAUGUCACUUGUCUCAACCGGUAUUUCGGAUGGUAUUCCCAAACUGGCGACCUUGUCGAAGCAGAGGCUAUGCUUAGAAAGGAGUUAGCUGGCUGGGAAGAGAAAUUCGAACGUCCGAUUAUCAUGACUGAGUACGGCGCGGAUACUCUUGCGGGUCUUCACUCGACUUUUGCUACGCCUUGGUCCGAGGAGUUCCAGAAUGAUAUGCUCAACAUGUAUCAUCGCGUUUUCGACAGUUUCAAGUCCGUCACGGGCGAGCAGGUUUGGGCUUUCGCUGAUUUCCAGACGAAUGUGGGUAUCGUCCGUGUGGAUGGUAAUAAGAAAGGUGUGUUUACCAGGGACCGAAAGCCGAAGAUGGCGGCACACGGUUUGAAGGCGCGAUGGACCAAUAUCACUGCAAGUCAGUGA